GUUCGUUUUCGAGUUAAAUAAAAAAAUCUACUCCGCAAUUUUCGUAUUUUCGGUUUCUAAGUGUACCGGGAAUAUCCAAGUAUGGAUCAUCAAGAAUUCAGGGUUAAAGCUAAGGAGCUGGUGGACUUCAUAGCGGACUAUUUGGAGAACAUCCGUGAUUUCCAGGUGUACCCUAGUGUCCAGCCAGGAUACCUUCACAAGAGACUCCCCACCGAAGCUCCACAGCAUCCUGAGCAAUGGGAUGAUAUUUUCAAGGACGUUAAGGAUCAUAUCAUGCCAGGGAUAGUGCAUUGGCAGAGUCCGCAUAUGCAUGCGUACUUCCCUGCAUUGACUUCGUACCCUUCCAUCAUGGGAGAAAUGAUAUCCAGUGCACUUAACGUCCUAUGCUUUACUUGGGCUUCGUCUCCCGCUGGAACCGAGUUGGAGACCAUUGCUAUGAACUGGCUGGGUAAGCUGCUGGGUCUGCCUGAAUGUUUCCUGAACGAGAAGAAUGACAGCUGCGGAGGAGGAGUCAUUCAGACCACAGCAAGUGAAGCAACUCUCGUGAGUCUUCUGGCAGCUAGAACGCGGGCCCUGAUGGAGCUGUCUAAGCGGAACCCCGAAGUGCAGUCUUCUGAACUACUGGGUCAUCUGAUCUGCUACUGCUCGGAUCAAGCGCAUUCCUCGGUGGAGAAGGCUGGACUAAUUGCAUUAGUCCGGAUGCGGUAUAUUGAAAGCGAUGGAAACCAGAGUAUGCGAGGGGCUGCGUUGGAAGAAGCCAUACUCGCUGACAAGGCAAAAGGCCUUGUGCCGUUUUGGGUGUGCGCAACACUCGGCACAACAGGUUCAGUUGCGUUCGAUAAUCUGAGGGAGAUAGGUGAAGUGUGUGAGAAGCACUCAGCCUGGCUUCAUGUGGAUGCAGCCUACGCUGGCAGUGCCUUCGUGUGCCCAGAAUUUCGUCAUUGGUUGGAUGGUGUGGAACUUGCGGACUCCUUUGCGUUCAAUCCAUCCAAAUGGUUGAUGAUCAACUUUGACUGUACUGCUAUGUGGGUUAAGGAUAGCACAGCAUUACAUAGGACUUUCAACGUAAAUCCAAUCUACUUACGCCAUGAAAACUCAGGAAAAGCUAUUGAUUACAUGCAUUGGCAAAUACCACUGAGCCGUCGUUUCCGAGCUUUGAAGCUCUGGUUCGUCUUGAGAAAUUAUGGAGUUGUCGGUAUUCAGAAGCACAUUCGUGAGGGUGUACGUCUGGCUCAGAAGUUUGAAGCAUUGAUCUUGGCAGAUCAUCGUUUUGAAAUUCCUCAACCUUCAAACUUGGGUAUGGUCGCCUUUCGCCUGAAAGGUGCCAACACCCUCACAGAAAUGCUCCUCAAGAGGCUGAAUGCCCGCGGCAACAUCCACGCAGUGCCAGCCUGUUUUAAGGGAGUCUAUGUUAUCCGCUUCACUGUGACAUCACAACGAACUACCAAUCAGGACAUCAUAGACGAUUGCAAUGAAAUUAAGAAGGUGGCAUCUGAGAUUUUGAUCGACAUGUUCGGAUCAGAAAACGGCAAUAUCGUUGUCUCCAAGAAACCAAGGAUUACUCUAAAAGAUACUCGCGAACUAAACGCAACUUUUGGUACCAGUCUACUUCUUGCAAAUAGCCCAAUGAGUCCUAAGAUUGUGAAUGGAACACACGCAGCUAUAUGUGAUUAUGAGCAAGUCUUAUCCUCGUGUGCCCAGACAUUCGCUCAACUAAAAAUGGAACCGAAAGACAGUCCGGAAAUGAGAAGGCGUAUCCGUGGCAUCCGCAUGUGUGGGAAGAAGUUCUCGCUUGACUCUUACAUGGAUAUGGUUCAGGGUUUGAUGGUAGAACAGCCGCUUCCGCUUUGUUCAGAAGAAGAAAGAGAAGACGCUUCUAAUGGAUCAAGUCCCGGCGAAAAACCAUACAUCGCAUCCUCUCCUGUAAAAAUAAUUGGUACAACAAAACAAAUUAAUAAUGCUGAAUCAAAUCAACCUGAAAUACCCGCAACAUCAAAGCAGUUCCGUAGCAGAUCAAUCGAUGCUGCUCUUUCAGAACUAACAUUUGAAGAUGCUAAAGUGAUAAUAGAUAUGCAAAAGCACGAAAUAAUCAUUACACCAACUGAAAAUAAAUCACUCCUUGAUGAGAAAAUAUAUUUCAAUGCUGUUGAUGAGAAAUUGAAAAUUGGUACAUCCGAUGAUUUUGGAAAUGUUCAAGAUGUUCAAGCAGGUAAUGAUGGAAUGGAUGAAAAUGAUACUAAAUUAAUUAUCAAAGCACCAGGUAAUUAUAUUCAGAAGCUAAUUCAGCAAUUUAGCGAAGGAAAUAUGGAAGGCGAGGUAUUAAAGCAAGGAUCUGAUAGAGUUGUUGCAGCACAAAGUAUUAGGGAUAAAGCUGAUGCUAUCUGUAGGAAAUGCCUGCAUUAUAAAGGUAAAUUCGCUAAGUAAAUUCAUGAGUCUAAUGCACUGACUAUUAUAUUAUCCGACAGGCUAUCCAAAAAAAAAAUGGGACAGCUAUUUUUGUGCUUAAUUGAACUGGGGCGCGUGUACAAUGAAACUAUAAUGACAUUAAAUUAUGGUUCUUUACAUCCAAAUACAAACACUCACAUCAGUUACGACAAUCAAUAGGAAUUUAUCGCAGUUUACCGGUGGUGAUAGCCUUUCCAUAAUAAUACAGGUCAGUGUUCUGAUGUGAUUUUUUUCUUAAGUGUCAACUCAGAUUAGGCGAUUGUUUCUUCCUAGAGCUUCAACCAAUCUAUUACAAAAGAUUUCAUUGAGAUCGGUCAAAUACUUUAGGAGUUAUUAGGGAACAUACAAACAUACAUUCUCUUUUAUAUAUAUAUAUAGAUUAUGAUGGUGUAUGUAAUAUUUUGACAUUAUAGAACUGAUUAAUUAACUCUUUAUGAUAAUGGUAGUUUUCAUUAUUAAUAAUAGAGUCGAAUUAAUUAAUCAUGUUCGGCCUUACAAAUAAACUUGGCAUAAAGUUAUACCAGAGAAAAAACCAAGAAUAUUCAAAAUGUUGACUAUAUCGCUGUCAAUACAAUGAUAAUUCUGAAGUUUGCCGAAUGUCAAGCAGUCUUUCUCAGUUAAAAUUUUAUUGGUAAGGCCGUUAUUGUUUAUGUGAGUUGACACAUUCCAGAAGUCAUGUAAAAUGCAUAAUCCGUUUUAACUAAAUAAUGUAAUAAAUUGUAUCUGCAUAAAAAAAAAUAUUUAAUCAUGAUGUUAUGAAUGUUAUAUAAUAUGUUUAAUUUGUUUAUAGGAAAGAUAUAAUAACUUUACUAAAGUUAGAAAUUUAUUUGUAGAUAAGAUGUUUAUACUUAAUGCCUGAAUUAUUUAAUUUAAUAUAAUUUGCCGUUAUAUUGUAAAUGGGAAUCUUAAUUGUUAUGGCUGCGAACUACUUUGCAAAUAAUAUUAUUUACUGGUUCAAAUUGGUUUACUUGAAAAGAUCUGGUAUAAACUAUACUAUUAAUAAGAACAUCACGACAUUUUCAAUUAUUGUCCUAAAAUUACCAGAUUAGGGUUGAGAUCGUUAUUUGCCACGUAUACUUGUCUACCAAGCAACAGGUUGUCGAUUAUAUUGCCGUUGUGAACAUAUUUCUACACGUAUAGUUUUGUAUAUUUUUUUUAAUUAUAAACGGCAUUUGGGCAAUUGCCUCCCUUGAUGUAAGCCCCACCAUGGGCAUCCGCAAUAGUAGAUAUCAAAAGGUUGAGGUUGGGUUUUUAAUAAAUUCCUACAGGCCAAUGGCAUGCCGAUUCUCUAAUUAGUAUGACUAACCUUUUGAAACUACUCAGUGCUCGAUGUAAAAAUUAGAAUUCUUUUGGCUUCUAAUAUGAUAAGGACAGUAUUGAUCUCCUACUAUGAUUACGCUGACGUGGCUGACUGGUGGUGACUUACGGAACGCAGACGUGGUUGCUAACUGUGGGCCUUAUGAGGAAGCUCAGAGUUUCCCUGCGAUAUAGUCCAGAUGGUUGCGAAAAUGUAGUGGCAGUGGACAGGGCUCAGGACAUAGCUCGACGGAGAGAUGGCCGUUGGGGCAGUAAAGUUCUCGAAUGGCGGCCACGUACCGGAAGACUUAGUGUUGGUAGGCCCCCCACAAGAUGGACCGACGCGGACGAUCUUGUCAAGUUCGCCGGAAUAGGUUGGAUGAGGGCAUCGCCGACCAGGACCGAUCGUCGUAGAGAUCAUUGGGGGAGGACUUUGUCCAGCAGUGGCGGCUGAUGAUGAUAUGAUGAUGGUUUCAGAAAAACUGAGCAAGAGCGAGAAGACCAUGCGUGUUAUACCCCUUUGUAAUUUCUUAAACACUUUUCGAAAAGAAACAUUUUUAAAGUUGCCUCAUAGCCAUUUUGAAAUUUUCCGUCAAUGGUUUAUGUUUGAAAAAGCCACGUUAGAAAUCUUGAAAAACGUUGUAGCCUGUCAAAAACUUGUGCAUGGAUUCGUAACGAAGUAGUUUAAAGCAAUUUAAGUCUUAAAACUUUAAUUUUAACUUUAUUUUAAGCACAACAUAAAUAUUGUGUAUUACUUGCAUUCAGGCUAUAUUUAAAUUAAGAAAAAAAAACUUAUUUUUGUUAUGUUAAAUAGGAGUGUUAUGUUAUUUUAACUAUUUUUGAUAAAUUUUAAUUAAAAAUAACAGUUAUUUCGGUAGAGGAUUUUAUCAAUUAGGCUAAUAAACGUAUAACUAUAAACUAUUUGUAGUGUAUAAUUAGAACUGCUGUGCAAAACCAAUAAUUAAAAAAAAAUGUUAAGCAAAUAUAUAUUAUUGCUGUAUAUCUUUAUCGUAGUGUGUAGGAUGAAAAUGUUAAAAAAAUAUAUACAUUAUUCGGCA